AUGUCUCGCUCGACCUUGUAUCUUCAAGCACUCUUCUUUGUUCUAAUAUCCCUGAGUACUGCUACGAACAUAUCCUUCGGCGGAGGAUUCGACAGGCACAAAUGCUUGGUGCGCACUCUCAACUUCCUUGGCAAUGGUACCCUGGCAGCCGACGACGAGGUCUUCUAUCGUGAUGCAGCAGGUCGACCUAUGAACGGGAAAGACGACCUUACCCUUACUCUAUCAGGAUGCGAGAAGCUGUGUGGUCCCCGAAUGAUGUGGUAUCGGGACAUCGGACCACGGCUUUCCAUCUGGCUGAUUCCCAUACUGCUUCUGAUCAGCAACAUCGAGCUUGCUUCGCUUGACAAAAAGAGAUUCUUCACGAUUCUGCAUUUGCUCGGUGACCCUAUCGACUCAAUCUGGUCUCUUGUCCACAAGAUUGACUCCUGGGAUCAGUGCUAUCGUCUGGUUGAGGGGUAUGACAAUGCAUGUGAUCGCUGCAAACGGGUGAUGGCUACUGUGAUAGCCGGCUUCGAAGAACUUGAGGGUUAUGAACUUCAGCCAGAGACAAUCUUUGACAACCUUGCCGACAGACAUGAUCUCACCCUCCAAUUCGAGGCUUGGCGGCGGACAGCCGUCAAGCUUGCAGACAGCAGAACAAAUGAGAUUCCCCGGACGUGCCUGGCCAUUGUACUUUAUCUUUUUCAACUGGUUGCUGGCUUUGUGAAGGAAGUCGGUGGUGGCAGUAACAGUCCAGUUGGUGGAAGGAUUGCGACUGGCCAAUACCGUCGGCAGCUUUCCUUCUCGCCGGACUUGUUAUGGAAUCCUUGA